GUGCUUUCUCUAGACACUGCGCACAUGGCAGAUGUUGAGAGAGGAAACCAAAGCAACGUUACAGAAUUCAUCCUCCGCGGGUUCAGGAUCUUCUACCCAUUCCAGAUUGCUCCCUUUGUGCUGGUUCUGCUAAUGUACCUCACCACCAUGGCUGGGAACACCCUGAUCAUUGUCACCGUUCUGGUUGACCGAGGCCUUCACACCCCUAUGUAUUUCUUCCUGGGGAACUUGUCCUUCUUGGAGAUCUGGUACACAUCCAACAUCGUCCCCAAAAUGCUACAAGGUUUCCUGGCUGAGAAGGGUGUGGCGAUCUCCUUCAGCGGCUGUGUCACGCAGCUUUAUAUCUUUGGCUCCCAGGCAGCCACCGAAAGCUUCCUGCUAACGGUGAUGGCCUACGAUCGCUAUUUGGCAAUAUGCAACCCGCUGCGUUACACGGCCCUCAUGAAUGCGAGGGUGUGCGUCGAGCUGGCUUUCUGCUCUUGGCUGGGUGGCUUCCUCUUCAACCCGGUGAUAAUGGCCUGGAUUUACAGACUACAUUUCUGUGGCCCUAAUGAAAUCGACCAUUUCUUCUGUGACUUCAUGCCCCUGGUCAAGCUGUCGUGCAGUGACACGCAACUGAUCACCUUAGCAGCAUUCUUGCUCUCCGCUACAGCCACCCUGAUCCCCUUCCUGCUAACCCUCAUAUCCUACGCAUUCAUCAUAACAGCGAUAGUAAAAAACCCUUCCAGCACUGGGAGGCGGAAGGCCUUCUCCACCUGCACCUCUCACCUUACUGUGGUCAGCACUUUCUACGGGGCACUGGCCAUUGUCUAUGUGGUGCCGACAGCCAAUUCUGCUGUCAACCUAAACAAAACAUUCUCCCUUCUCUACAGCCUGGUCACCCCAUUGCUCAACCCCCUGAUCUACUCCUUGAGGAACAAGGAUGUGAAUGACGCCCUGAGGACAAUGGCUGCUAGACUGAUGGAUUUUCUAAGGAAGUAGAGAAAAAAAGGGAGGUUUUAAAAUGAAAAACAUUGGGUCACAUUCAGAUGGUGCAAACUGGCGUAACUCCGUCUAAAUCAGUGGAGAUGUGCAAGUUUGUACAAGCUGCAGAUGCGGUCCAGGCCCCACCAGAUUUAGCAGCCAAGGAAAUCCCAUGUUGUACUCCCAACUGCAUCCAUAGCAUGGCCUCCUUGUGCAUGAGUAUUGGUCUAGAUCUGCCCCGUACCUAUUUCUCCACGUGCUGCAUUUGCCAUCAGAAGCUGUAUCCUAGCUGGUGCCCUCCAUGGACCACAGUAACCUGGGGUUUGCUGUCCAGCAGGACACGCUCCAAGGGAUGGUUACGGGACAGAUUUAAAAAAGUAUUUAGGUGCCUAAGGAUGGAGAUAAAACACCUAGUGGGGGUUUUCCAAACCACCACGGAGCCUAAUGUCUAUUAAUUUCAAAGGCAGUUAGACAUCUAGGCACUUCUGACAAUCCCAUAGUAUGUCCCAGUAUGGACAAGCCCUUACGGUUGAGUUCAGCACCUAAAGCAAGGAUUCAGCUGCUUCUGUUUGCAUGAACAGUAUAAUGUAUACUCCCCAAAAUGUGCUCUUUGUAUAGCAUUGAGGUGCUACAUUCCCAGCAUAGCUCCAUUUCAAUUGAUGACCCAGAUCUCCUACUGGUAUAAAUCGGCGUCACUAUGCUGAAAUAAGCAUAAUGAUACCGAAUUACAACAACUGAGGAUCUGGCUCAUAAUUUACAUUCUCGUGAUGGUUUCCAAGCUGUGGCAAGGAUCUUGAUGCCCAAUUUAUAUAUAUAUAUAUAUAUAUAUAUAUAUAUAUAUACACACACACACACACAAUGUAACUGUAACUGAUACCUGGAUUCAUCCAUUUAUGAAUAGAUCAGGAUAAAUAUCAUAAACCAUUUCCCAGAACCCUUUCCUCAAAAAUUAAAUUAA